AUGGCAGCUUACAGGUGCAACUACCCGGCUGUGCUGCUUAUUCUAUGUAGUUUUUCAGUGUUUGUUGUCGCAGACACUGAAGACGCGACAUUAAUUAAUGGCCAAGAUGUCACAGCUCUCAAUAGUCCUCAAACAGCCUCCAAAACAGCGGCGCAAACGGCCGAGCAGCCCGCAGUGGAGGAGAGGCAAUGGGAAGCGACUGCGAGUGCUGCAGCAGCCGACGACCAGGACAGAACACCGGACACUCCUGCACCUGGAGCCGAGGUACAGCCGGUGGUUCCUCCGGUGCUGCCAGAGCCGAAAGAUAGUUUUCAGGAGGAACUGGUCUUCAGGCCGCUGCAUUCCGGAGAUAUUUACGCCAGCUUCCAGUUCCGCACCCUGUGGGAGACAGAUUUCAUGAGAGGAAACAAAGUGUCCCACUACCGGCUGUUCCCCAAGUCUCUGGGCCAAGUUAUCUCCAAAUUCUCAGUGCGAGAGCUGCACAUCUCCUUCACGCAGGGAUACUGGAGGACCAUGCAGUGGGGGCAGCCCUUUCUGCCAUCUCCCCCUGGGGCCGAGCUCUGGGUCUGGUUCCAGGACUCUGUGACAGAUGUGGAUGGCACAUGGAAGGAGCUGACGAAUGUUUUGUCGGGGAUCUUCUGCGCCUCGCUGAACUUCAUUGACUCCACCAACACUGUUGAGCCCAGUGCCUCCUUCAAACCGCUGGGAAUAGGCAAUGAGACAGACCCCCGCUUCCUUCGCUAUGCCACCCUCCCACGAGAGAUUGUUUGCACUGAAAAUUUGACACCCUGGAAGAAACUCUUGCCAUGUGGCUCAAAGGCUGGUCUCGCUGUCCUGUUGAAGUCAGAGAAACUAUUCCACAGUAGUUUUCAUUCCCAGACAGUACACAUCCGACCAGUGUGUCAGGACUGGCAAUGCAAAACCACGUCAUGGGAGCUGAGGCAGACACUGAAUGUCGUCUUUGACCUGCACACCUCUGGACAGAGCAAACGAGAGUGGUCUCUGUUCAAGAUGUUCUCUCGGACCCUGACAGAAGCUUGUCCACUGGCCUCCUCCAGUAAAAUCUAUAUUGACAUCACAGACAACCCUCAGGGGGAGCAGUUUGAACUAACCCCGGCCACUACCCUGCUCAGCCAGGCAGUGGUGCUGGGGGACAGACGAACCUUCUCUGUCUACGAUCUGACACAACAAGCUACUUUUGGCAACACACGCUCCCUCAAUCUGCUGAUUCGCUGGAAAUCCAGUGAAGGUGACAUGCUGCGUCCUCUGCUCCACGCUGAGCGUUAUGUUGCUGGCUACGGGCUGCAGACAGGAGAGAUUCACACACUGAUGUACAACAACCACCCUUACAGGUCAUUCCCUGUUCUGCUGCUGGACUCAGUGCCCUGGUACCUUCGUCUCUACAUCCACACUCUCACUGUCACCAGCAAGGGAAAGGACAACAAUCCGAGCUUCAUCCACUACCAGCCAUCUAAGGACCGUGUGAGGCCCCACCUGCUGGAGAUGCUGGUCCAGCUUCCCCCCAACUCUGUCACUGAGGUCACUGUGCAGUUUGAGAGGGCUCUGCUCAAGUGGACUGAAUACACCCCCGAUCCCAACCAUGGCUUCUAUGUCGGAUCUUCAGUCAUCAGUUCUCUUGUACCAAGCAUUGUCGCUAUGGAUACAAACAGCACGCGGGAACGCCCGCUUUUUAGCAGCUUUUUUCCGUGUAAAGAAGAGUCCAGCUACUUUGUGCGUGUCUACACAGAGCCUUUGCUGGUCAACCUGCCAACCCCAGACUUCAGUAUGCCUUAUAAUGUCAUCUGCCUGACCUGCACUGUUGUGGCCGUGGGUUAUGGAUCCCUCUACAACCUGCUGACCCGGAGUUUCCAGAUAGAGGAGCCUAGCCCAGGACUGGCCAAACGGAUAGCCAACGUCAUCCGCAAAAUGAGAGGUGUGCCGCCACUCUGAGGCUGGACACAACUGUCAACUGGCUCCGAUUUGAGAAAGGAAGUUUUCUUUUGGUGAAACCACUGGUUAAUAUGUGAUAUUCAGGGAAGUUCUGAAUCAAGCACUGGUACGAAUGUUUUGGAAAUGGUCAACUUUUUGGUUUCCAAAUAGAUGAAGACAAAAAAUGAUUAUCUUUGUUAAUGUAUUCAGGAUAAUUUCCUAUCGGCUAAGGACAAGCAAAUGUAGACUUUGGAUCUGGAGGGAACAAAAAAGCUUUGUUAUUGUUUCAUGAGCAGAAAGAAGCAAGUCUGUGCAGUAUGCUGCUGUGGUCACUGCACCAGAGUGCUUUAGUUUGGUUGUUUUUGUUUUGUGAAUGUUUGAAGCCAUAACUGUGCUGCGUCAUUAUAUAGCCAGAAUGUUUUUGAGGUCAUUUUUUAUCAAAGUGAGGAAACUUUGUUAAAAUUGACUUUCUACAAAUAUGAGAUUAAUUUGGAUUUACAGUGAUAUGAAGGCGCAAAGCUCAGAUAGAAAAAGACAACCACACUUAGUCUCACUCAGAAUGUAACAUUUUCCCAAACCUCAGUUCAUGACAGGACAUCUAAUAACACAGAAAUAGUUUCCUGUGUCCAACUACCAAAAUACACAGUAGACUGAAGUGUGAAACUAUAAGACAUGUCCUCGGUAAAAGGUUCCUGAUCUAGAUGUGUUAUUUAACAAGUUCUUCAAUAGUCAUAAUAAGAAAAUACUCAUAAAAAUAUUGAUGCCGAAUUCUUACCAAAAUG